AUGAAGGACUGUCCGAUUCCGGAGGGUUACGAUGCUGGUCGGAUCCGAGCGAGUUUAGAAGCGGCGUUCAAGGAACGAGGCUACUCUGGUGCAGUCUCCUCCAUCACUGCCUAUGGGGACCAAACACAAACCCCUGUUCACAUCCUUCAAGGGCUCUUAUCCACUGGAGUAUCUGUAGCACACAUCAGAUCAGAAAGCACAAACUACAUCAUGUACCGGGAUAUAGUGGAAUGGCGAGGUCAGAAUCCUCCCCCUGCUACAAUGAUGAUCAUAUCCGAUCAGGUGAUGGGAGGUGACUUCUCUUGGGACCUGGCCCGGCUACAACAGCGAUCGCAGUACAACCUGUUUAUAGCUCGUUCGAAGGCGCAUCGCUUUCUCUCAGUCCUGCCAACUUCUGCAAUAUGGUUAUGGGAAAAAAUACUAGAGGAUAGUAAUAAUAAUGGAAUUGAGAUCAUAAGCUCACCACUUGCCAUGGUGCUUUGUUGCAAAUCGUGCAAUUUCGACUGCCAAAGCCCUAAGAAAUUCAGGAAGCAUCUCUCGAGUUAUAAGCAUGCACGGCAAGAGUCUGUAUGCCCUCAGCGCACACAAAUUAACCUUGUUACGGAGACGUGGGGAAGGAACUACGCGGCAACGCCUGAAUAUGCGACAGCUAAAAUACUGGUGUGGUGGAACAUGUUUGACUGUCCUAUCCCCGAGGGAUAUGAUGCUCAUCGGGUCCGUCCGAGUUUAGAAGAGGCAUUUAAGAAACUAGGCUACUCUGGUCCUGUCUCCAUCACUGCCUAUGGCGACUUAAACCACACCCCUGAGCACCUCCUGCGAGGGCUCUCUUCCUCUGGAGUCGGUCUUGCACAUACCAUUUUCGAUGUCACGUACAACCGCAUGUAUAAAGAUUUGCUGUAUGGGCCAGCGUCUAAUUCUACUCCGACUAAUCUUAUGGUGAUAGCUAAUGCAGAUACACUUCAGGCCUUCUCAACUUCCCUUGUCCGCCAACUGCAAGCGCAGAAACACAACCUUUUUCUGGCUUAUUCAUCUAGGCCUUACAAAAUGUUUGUCAUGCUCCCUUCUGCCGAGUGGCUCUGGCAUAGCUUACUUGAUGUUUCAGAGAAAACAAAAUACGUUCUUCAGAAAUGCACAAGUGAAAGUGAUAGGGGUGGUGAAUCUAGUGCAAUGUUUUAUUGCAAAUUGUGCCGUGAUGGCCCAGGCCCUGAUUACAGAAGCCUUGACAAUUUAAGGACGCAUCUCUCAAGUGAAGAACAUGCGCAAAAAGAGUCCGGUAUUACUGCAUUUUUCCAAUUAAAAAUGAAGAAUAGGAAUAAAUCUUCUUUAGCCCAGUACGAUCGAAAGCAUCGACAGCAAUGGCGACAGGCAAGUUUUUUCUUCAUUUAA